AUGCAGUUCUUCAUUGCCCUUUCUGUCUUUGCCGCUGCUGCUCAGGCCGCCAUUCAAGGAAACACUGCCUUUGGACUUAUUGUCAUCCGCUCUGGUAGCCCUGUCCAGUAUUCCUCCCUCAAGGAGGACAGCAAUAGAAAGUUGGUUAUCGACUCUUCUAUCAGUACUGAUUUCACUGGGUUUUUUCUCCCUGAUGGCCGUGUUCGUGUCGGUGGCACUGACUCGUGGCUUGCUGUUGGUUCCGACGAGCAACUGGCUGUUCUUACUGCCACUCCUCAAAACUUUGGUGUCGAUGACAACAAUUGGUUGACCUUGAGUGAUGGGACCUCCAACUUCUACCUUCUUUCUAGCGGUGAUAGCACCUACAAUGUUUACAACGGUGCUGGCUACAGUCAAAGUAAUGCUAUUGGUAUUGCUCUCCGUGUUGUCUGGGAUGAAACCAACUCCACUUCUUCUGAGUCUGUUGCUUCUUCCACUGUUGCAUCCUCUAUUGCCUCCUCUUCCCACUCGGCCGUUGCAUCCUCUUCUUCUACAGCUUCCCAUGCAUCUUCUAUCGCCAGCUCUCAAGUCACUUCCGCUCCUACCGCUGCCUCUAGCCCUAUUAGUCAGGUUGUUGAAACAGUAACUAUCUGCCAUAAGAAUGGUACUUGCACUCACGCCUCAUCUUCUGUUGCUCAAGUCAAUGGUGCAGUUAAUGUUGGCUCAUACUUUGGUGCUGCUGUUGCUGCUGUUGCUGCUGCUGCUGGUGCUCUUUUCCUUUAA